UAAUGACUUCAGUCAAACGGUGCCACUUGAAUCGGUUAAAUAAAGUUUGGAAAAAUGACCACUGAAAAUCCGGCCAAGUUUAUCAAUUCAUUGUUUCUGAAAGACUUUGUGGAACGGCAAUACAAUGAAACUGAUGUUAAGAUACUGAACUAUGGCGUCGAGCCGGUGAAUGCAAAAAAUUUUAACGAUGCCAAAGGACGCAUACAAAGAGUUUUAGUUAGUUACUCUUCCAAAAAAGCGCCGGUCAAUACGACAUCAGCAGUCUUAAAAAUCAAGUCAACCGAUCCCCAAAAAUUCGAAUCAUUUGACAAAGAGGCAUCGAUUUACAAGAGCAUCCUUCCAAGUUUUGUUGACAAUUGGAAAAAAGUCGGCGAAACAAUUGAAUUUGCACCUCGUUUGAUUGUGUCGCAAAACGAGCCGAAAAGUUUUAUGAUCUUUGAAGACGUAUCCAAUCAUGGAUUCUUUUCCGAGGAGCCCAGCAUUGGACUAAAUCUAGAACAGAGCAAAAUUUCUCUUCAAAAAUUGGCAUUCGUUCAUGCUACGAGUGUUAUCAAUUUGUCGAAGAAACCGGAAGACUUCGGACAAUUUAACAAAAGCAUUUUCAACAAGGACAACAAAAUGGUUCAGAGUUACUUAGUUGACGCUUUCCAAUUUGUUCUGGACAAUUUGGAAACUUUGGGAAUUGAGGGAAGUAUUGGUGCAAAGCUUAAGACACUCUCCUCACCGCUUAUCUCUACAUGGACUUCUGGUAGUACGGAGUCUUUGAACGGAUUCAAGGUAUUCAAUCAUGGCAAUUUUUGGACUAAGAACAUUCUGUUCAAAUAUGUCAAGGAGGAAUAUGUUGAUGCAGUUUUCGUUGAUUACCAUAACGGAUACGUGGGCUCACCGAUCGUUGAUUUGAUGUACUUUUUCACUUCGUCAGUGUCAUUCGACGUGAUGAAGGAAUACAAAAACGAAUUGUUGUACGUCUACCAUGAAUCGUUGCGGUUUUCGUUAGAAAAACUGAAAUAUCAAGGAAACGUUCCGAGUUUAAGUGACUUGCAACUUGAGUUUUUGCGUAGUGGAGCUAUAGAAGUGAUUUUGUCGCUAACCAUUGGACCGUAUCUAAGAUUUUCCGGAUACGAGCUGAGUUCAAUUUUCAAGCAAUCGAACGUGGCCUUAAAUUCAGCGAAUAUUUUGAAGUACUACGAACCAGUCAUAAACGAGCAGUUGCAUCAAUUCGAUAGUUUGGGAUUGCUUGACUGGGGUACGGUUGAUAGUAAGAUUAAACUUCUUACGGGCAGAUUCAAUCGAAUAUUGAGUCAGAACUGAAAGGUGUAAUCGAUGUAACAUAAGCAACGAAAAAAGUCGACAAAUGGACAUACGCGUACUUUGGAUAUAGCACACACAAUGUGCUCAAGUUCGUAUCCUCAUCUGUCGAUUAUUUUUUGUUGCUCAAGAAUGAGUGAGUCAAUAGCUCACGACACAUUUUCUUCAAAAAUAAAUUUGGUGAGACAGACGAACU